UCGAGAGGCGGUGGUCUUCUGUCAGCCUGCCCCCCUCCCCCGGGAUUUGAGCCCGACCUGUUUUUGUUGCCAAUCUCGGCGAGCUCCGCGGUGGCGCAUAGUAACAAGUUUCCUGAGCAAUGGAGGUCAAAGGGCUUCUUCCCCCGCCUUACUGCCUCGCUUGCUAGCCUGGGGGUGCCCGCUUCCCGGGGGCCGUUUGACUGCUGCCUUUUGAGGCCUGAAGGGGGAUUUCCAGGUGUUCCGGCUCCACGAUGUGUGCAGCCACCGCCCUUCCUAAAUCCCCAGCUGGGGCGUCUUCUUUUUGCCAGCAAGCUUGGGGACAGGUAUUCACUAAGGUCAAGCGAGCCGUUGUGUUCAUGGACUCAGCUUGUGCGGAAAGCCUCCACUGGUCCUGUGGCGGAGUUAGCCGGCUCUUACAGGCCGGGGCCCUCAACGUCAAGGAGUUCUCCAGCUUUGAGUCGGGGGAGGCCAAGCAACCCAAGGCAGUCUUCGUGGUCAGCACCUUGUUGAAAGGCUGGACUGUGGACGUCAUUCGUGACAUUGUGAGCCUCAGCAAUUUCCAGUACUGUGUGGUUUUCACUGGUGUCAACCACACAGUGCACUUGCAAGCGUAUAAUACACCCAACAGUGCUGAGACCGAAAGCUCUGGCCAGGCCGUCUUCGAGCAGUUUGAAGAGAAGCUUUGCCAGUGGAUGGGCAACAUGAACUACACAGCAGAGGUGCACCAUGCUGCUUUGUUUCUGGCGCCCAUCUUACCCCACCUCUUUGUAACACCUGCCUUUUCCACACUUUUCCCUUUGAUGGCUGAGGAUUUGACUCAAAUCAAUAGUGCUAGGCCAGAGAAGAAAAAAAUUGCUCACUUGAGUGAUGUGGACUUCUCCUCUCUGCCUUCAGACUUGCAGCUUGAGAUCAGAUCACUGGUGUCUGAUCUCAAUACCUUAUUUGAGUAUCUUAGUGUUCGGGAGGAAUGUUUUGCUAUUGGACCACUGAGCAAAAUUAUUGCAGGGGAUCUGGCAAAUUAUUUUCAGGCCAAGAUCAGGAGGAAAAAUGCACAAAAUAAAGCUUCUGUCAUUUUUGUGGACCGGACAUUAGAUUUGACAGGAGCAGUUGGGCAUCAUGGUGACAACUUAGCAGAGAAGAUUCUCUCGAUACUUCCGAAGCUACGAGGUCAUACAAAUGAUGUGAUGGUCAACAUGGUGGAGCUCACAAGCCUGCACACUAAUGAGACAAGUUGCAAUAUUAUAGCGCCAGGCUGCUUGGCACAACCAACAGAUCCAGCUGCUAGAGCUCUGUGGGAGUCUUUAAUGAAUCUAAAACAGAAGGAAGGCAUGAUGGAAGUUAGAAGACACCUAGUGGAAGCCGCAAGCAGAGAAAAUUUGCCAAUCAAGAUGAGCAUGGGGAGAGUCACCCCAGAACAGCUCAGCUCAUAUAUCCAGCUCUUCAAAAAGAAAUUUGAUGCUCUUGAAAGUCAUUGUGGGAUUCUGCAGAUUGCACUGGCUGUUGUACAGACUCUAAAAGACCCUCAGAAUGCCAAAUGGGACAACUUCUUAGCCUUUGAACGGCUCUUUGUACAGAAUAUUGGUGAGUCAACAUUAUUUAAUGCACUGAACCAACUGCUACCUAUGAUCAAGUCUUACAGUAACAGGACAGAUGAUGAUUAUACUCCCCAAGAACUGCUUCUAUUAUUGGUAUAUAUUUACUCCAUAGUUGGAGAAGUCAAAACUGGAAAAGAAUUAAGUGAAGCUGAAAGUCAAGUGAAGGAAGCCCUUGUCCAAGCUAUUUGUGAUGAACCAGAGCUACCAGCUUUGCUGCAGAAAAUAAUAGGCGGUGAGUCUUCCAUCAAUGUUACAUUUCAAAAAGCCACAGCUGCAGUGAAUAAGAUCUUUAAGAGCCUAAGGGACAUUACAACAGCUCGGGCACAGAUGAAACAGUUUAAUUCUGUACAUAUCCCGGGAAGCCACAGCCAGCAGGCCUCUUAUAGACCAUUGAUGAAGCAAGUGGUGGAAGAAAUAUAUAAUCCUGAUCGACCUGACCCUGCUGAUAUUGAACACAUGUCUUCUGGGCUUACAGAUCUCCUGAAAACAGGAUUCAGCAUGUUUAUGAAGGUGAGCCGCCCUCACCCAAGUGAUCAUCCUGUGCUGGUCAUCUUCAUGGUUGGUGGCGUAACAGUAUCUGAAGUCCGAACGAUAAAGGAUCUUGUAGCGGCACACAAGCCUGGAGUAGAGGUAAUUGUUCUCUCUACAACUCUCCUGACACCACUUAACAUUCUGGAGCUGCUUUUUGCAACAGACCGUCUCAAGCCAGACAUUGGUAUCUGAAGUUGUCAAAGCAGGCAUCUGGCCCAACUUGCGGAAAAUACCCAAACCUCUCGCCUUCUGGCUUUCAAGACCAUUCCUCUAAAACAGAAAGGCUCUGAAAUUGCCCAUAAUGUUAAUCUCAGGAGUAAUUUUAAAAUGGGAAACAAAUAAUGAGCUCACUUUUUGUGAAGAAAAGUACCUAUCUUAGCAGAUUGCUUCAAAGUCAUUUCUUCAGGGAUGUCAAACUGACCUUCCUCUCCCUGCUGAAAUCCUUUACCUCCAGCUUAUUAGCAGUGAUGGUUGUUGCUGGCAGCUGCAGAGCAUUACUGUACCAUUGCCUGUAACAGCUUCAGAGAACAGUGUAGAACCAUCAAGAAGGCCUCCAUUUUUAGACUAAGCCUUAGCUGCAUUUUCUUGAGCACCAUUGUUCACAGCUUUUCUUUAGCAAGGGAGAUAAAAGAUGCCACUAGAAAAAGACAUGAUUCUAUAUGAGUGACAGAUUUGAUCUGAAAUGUCCUGUAUCUCUGGGAGGAUCUAUACUUCUUGACAAAUUGUUAUGGAGGUGGGAACAAUGCUAAUAUUGGCAAGAUUCAGCUGCAUCCGCAGGGGUGUGUUAAAAAAGCAAAAUGAUGGUUGUGAAUUUGCAAUCCAAGCAUUGCCCCUUUGUAAGUGCACAGGUAGGAAAGGGGUAGGACUUCAGUUGUGUUGUUGUUACUGCCAUCUUGCCUUUUUUGAUCCCCCUCAAGUCCACACUGGCUAGAUUAUAUAUUAAUAGCCUAGUUACAAGGCAAAAGUCAUCUCUGUGGGAAGGAUCAAGAGGUGGGAAUUUGAAGCUAAGUGGUUUUCCCCAAGAUCUCCAUUUUCCAUUCCUCUAACAUAAAAUCACUGUCCUGUUCCCCUUCAACAGCGUGAAAUAUGUGACUCGCAACACCAUUGGAUUCCCACUUCCACCAGUCUCAGUCAUCAAAGACAGCACUCCAAAUUUGUCUGAGGUGCUGCAAGUUCUCUAACCCUUAUUUUGAACUCGGUGCUCCAUAAAAGUAAAGCCAAACUCUUCGAUAAAUAGCUGGUGCAUUCAUGUAUUCCAAAAUUAUCCUGGGCCAGAGUACCAAAAAUGUGUGAAAUUGCUUCAGAAAUAAUCUAAAGAGAACGUCCGUAUCAUUGUCAUGCAGGCCCCGUAUUAUAGCAUUCCAGGAGGGAGGAAUGUAUACAGUCAUGGUAUGGCAUCUCCUAGCAUUUCCAUCUUCAGCUCCAACUCUUCACUUAAAACUCAGGGUGUCAGGGAGAAGAUGUUUGCCUAAUGUUUCUGACGUGUUUUCUGUAUGAAGAGUCUGAUGGCAUUUAUUGGAUAGAGCCUGCCCCAUGUAGGAUAUUCAGAGAAGGAUCCGCAGGGGAAAUGUUGUCGUCCAUUUCUUUAACAUCACAUACACCGACAAGACUCACACACACACUCACACAGUCUUUACGUGUUUAAUGCCAAGGGCAUGGCUAAUGUUUUUCUUCCAGUUCAUUUUCUGAAUACUGCAUGAUUUAAGAUCAGGGAGCAGUGCCUAAAAUGUCAAGCCAAUUUGUGACAUGGUUUUUCUGAUUUUGCUUCAUCAGCCCUUGACUCUUUGUUUUCAUAGUACUAGAAUAUAGCUAGAUGCUGCCUUCUUCGAUGUAACCAAAUCCAGCAGUUUUGUCUGAUAACGUUUUCCAAGGAUGCGGAUUCAGGUCUGCCCCAGUCUAGCAGAUGCAGAAUAGCCCUUUUUAAAAGACUCUUCAUUUCAUGGCCCCUGCUGAAGAUCAUCUAAAUUGGGCUGCAGUCUGAGACUUCAGCAAACAGAAGGCAAGACAGCCAGUUUAUGGAACAUGCUUUGUAGAAAAAGGGCAAACUUCUGAGCAUUUACUUAUGAUCAUAAUCAAUGGAUGAGCUGACAAGCCAGAUUGAUCUGCUAUUUAAUUGAAGCACUUAGAGGGGAAAUACAGUCCCCAUGGUUACCAGGCCAGAACUGUCACACUGCACUUAUGGGCUAAAUUCUCUAUUAAAUGAGGGAUACCGGUAUGGGCUUCCUCUCUCGUAUACGUAACAAUGGGAAUGCGGGCUCAAAACUGGGAGUGCACAGCGAGGGCGGAAUUACGUGGAUGUUGUACUUAGCAGAAAGGUUGCACUGCACUCCAUUAAUGCAAAAUUCCACACAGUGGUCACUUGCCAUCUUUUAUUGCCUUCAUCAAAGUAGAAAUGGAUUUAGCCACCAGUUCAGAAUUGUCCAAGCAGGGGAAGGUGUCAAAAAGCCAAAAUGGCAACAAAUGUUAAAAAGGGGGCAGACUUUGUCCAUGCAGUCAUGCCUGCUAUCUUGACUUUUUUGCCACGCCCACAUGGAUGCCCUUGCAUCCAGCUGUAGGUCUUGCUGCACAAUGGAAGCAGAGCCUAACAACAAGGGAGGGUCUCUCCUUUCCUUGGGUACUACACCUACUGAGGAUGCUCUGAUGUUUUGGCUAUGUUGUGCUAGAUGGACUUUUUUGGGAGUUGUGGCAAAAUAGCAAUGCCCAUGGGUACUUCUUUUGGCAGUGAUGGGAGUGACCAGAGCCAGGGUGCAGUCAGAAAAGCAUUUGAGAAGCAGGUGGCUUUGUACAGCUGUGCAACUGUUGGUAGUAUAGAAAUGUAUACUUGCAAGACAGAAGGGGUUGCUGGCUGGGUGUGUAGCAUUCUUGAAAUCAGUGAACCUGCAUCCCUGCAUGAUCCAUUUGCCCCCCACCCCCGUAACGCUUGUUGUUUCCAUGCUUCACAGACAAUAGAAAUCUUCCCAUUUUUCCUAUUCGCGCUGCCCAGAAACUGGAUAGAAAAAUACAACACAUUCUUGAGAAAACAUUGUUUAAUUUAAUGAUGAAACAAAAUACAGACAUUGUAUCCUGGUAAUGUUGCCAACAACAUAAAAUAAAUAAGUUACAGCUUAA